CGUCAGCGUUAUCUUUGUCCAAAUCAAUAGCCUUAAUCUCAUUUUGAAAUUCUAUUUCCUUAAUAGGAAAUCUUUGGUUAUUACGGUUGCUGAUAACGUUUUGUUCUUAUUAUCGUAAUUUUAUUACAUAGGGUUAUUACCCUAUUAUUAUGAGUGCUUUUGCUUAGCUCUCGACCUAUUGGUAAAGUGUUAUUUUAUUUGAUAUUGAAAACGGUGGAACGUGGGAAAAGCAAAGGUUUAUUAGACUUAAAUCCAAACUGUUAAAAAUCUGGAAGUUAAAAAAGGUGAAAGAAAAGAAAUUUCAUACGUCUGAAAAUGUCAGCAAAAUCUACCACGGAGACCAAUGAAACAGCAACAGUUCUGACAAGAUCAGAAGAACAAGCGGUCAAGGACACAUGGGCCCUGGUGUAUAUCAAUUCUCGGAGUAAUGGUCUCGAGUUGUUUUUAAGACUCUUCAAACAAAUUCCUCAUGCCAAAGGUUAUUUUGAAAAGUUCAAAGAUGAGCCUGAGGAAAACUUAAAACAAAGCGAUGAAUUAAAGUUCCAUGUUGGAAAAAUGAUGGACAGUCUGAAUGUUCUUGUUGGUAACCUUGGCAACAAAGAGUUUCUUGUAACUGAGACACAGACGAUUGCACGAGACCAUAAAAAUAGAAGCGUGACGUCACAAGAUUUCAAGCUUGUGUUUGAAAUCCUUCAAAAUAUGCUGAAAGACAAACUUGGUGAUAAAUACAAUGCUGCGACUGAAGUGUCAUGGAAAAAAUGUUGUGACGUCAUAUGGAACAUUGUUGACGCAGAAAUGAAAAGACACGUGGAAACCUGAACUUCAGUUGUAAAGAGAACACUACACUUCCUUGUAUAAAUUUUAUUUUACGUGCAAUAUCUAGAAUUAAAAUCUAAUUAUCCGCCUUCGUAUUAUAUUAUUGCUAAUGAAUGCAAAUUAAGUCAGAAUUUGAUCUUUUUUUUCACCGUCACAUUUUGGGUAUCAGAAGUAGUUGAAAACGUUCGUGUUAAAACGAUAUAUUUACUUACAGUCGAUUGCCAGUGGCGUAGCUUCAUUUCGGUCAUGUAGGCCGCGGCCAAUAUUUUUUCACAAGCAAGUGAAAAAAAAAUUAAUAAAAGUAAUGUAUUUCUCUACCUGCAAAUUCGUAUAAUCCCUCGAGCGUGAACACAUUUAUUGUGCUAAAUAUAUUCUAAACACCCACUUGCUUUGCGAUUCUGAGCAAGCAGAAAACCCUUCUAGUGGUAGGUCCACACACUAAACUGCGAUCCUGAUUUUACUAUGUUCACUUCUUGGUAUAAAAAGUGAAGAACCAAUCGGAGAAAAUGAUUUAACAAUAUAUUGUUUCCUCUAAGAAGACAGUUUGGUACAUAACCUGUUACGACGCAUAGCAUUAUAUUUUACAUAAUUAAUAUAUAAUACCAUUUAUUACAUAAAAUAUUGUUUCAUUUCCUUAUUGUGUUAUUGUUGAUUGAAAAAUUUCUUUUUUAUGUCGUCUGCAAUGUUCCAACAUACUCUGUACAGGUAUAAAUGAUGACAACAAAAACAGUUUGAGUUGGAAGAAUGUAAAAAGUAUCAAAUUAUCUAAUGUUUAAACAAACAAGAAUGUAUCUCUGUAUUCGACUUCAAGAGUUAAAGAUUUAUAAAUGUAAAUUAUUGAUGAACGUUCUGGAAAGUGAAGAAUCUAUGAAGGCAACUGAAGCAAAACAUAAAAAUUAACAUUGCAGACUUGGAUUUAUGAAGUCCAUCUUUGACUAAAAAUGAAUUAUUGUGCAAACAUCUGUCACGUUCUUUCACACCAAUACCGUCUUUAGAACGAACAAAUUUACCAUGAUAACAAUAUUAAAUGAAAUGUUUGUUU